AUGGAAGAUGGCGGUUCUGGGCUACGAGCCCCACGCUACCCAGCGGAAGAUACAAGUCCAACAAGCGAUCGAGAGCUGAGAGGAUUUUUUUGUUAUGGAUUGGCCGCUGAGGUAUUCGCUGUUUGUGCUGUUGGUUCAUUUUUACCCGUUACAUUAGAGCAACUUGCUCGUGAACAAGGUGUUCUUUUUACAGACAAAAUCACACCUUGCACGGCGAAAAAUGCAACCGCCAUUGCAAAUGCUACUGUUAAUGCAUUGGUGUCAAGAGCUGAAGGCUCAGAUACACAUCAAUGUAUCAUCAAUGUGUUUGGUACUGAGUUAACCACAGCAAGCUUUGCAAUGUACACAUUUUCUAUUUCUGUGUUUAUGCAGGCUCUUGCCCUUGUCUCUGUCAGCUCGGUUGCUGAUCAUGGUACUUGGCGUAAGAAGCUUCUAGCAGGAUUUGGCUUCACGGGAUCCGUGUCUGCUAUGCUUUUUCUUCUGGUAGUUCCACAGAUUUUUGUGGUUGGGUCCCUGCUGACUGUCAUCUGUGUUGUGUGUCUUGGAUGCUCUUUUGUCAUUCUUAAUUCUUACUUGCCACUAUUGGUUCUUAAUCAUCCACUUGCUCAGAGUAAUGAAGAUCAGUCGAAUGGCUCCUCAUCUGUUCCUCUUCGGCCAAUAUCUACUGGACAAAGUAGCCGAAAGCCGAGAGAGAGCUUCCGCCAAAGAGCCGACAAGAAAGUCGACAUAGGAUCCAAGGCCGAUUCUUCAGAUCUUCAACUUUCCACACAGAUAUCAUCUAAAGGAGUAGGGAUUGGUUACAUGGCUGCAGUUUCCGUGCAAGUAGUUUGCAUUCUCAUUUUAUAUUUCAUGAACAAAAUGGGGGUUUCGUCAACACUUCCUUUGCGAACAGUAUUAUUCUUCGUUGGAUCUUGGUGGCUUACAUUUACAAUUCCAUCAAUUAUGUGGCUCCGAGAUAGACCUGGACCACCACUACCAACAGCCCUGUAUGAGGGACGGGCUUUUGUACGUACUUGUAUGUCAUAUACAAUCUUUGCUUGGAAAUCGUUAUGGAAAACAGUCAAGGUUGCCGUCAAACUUCGACAAGUUUUAAUUUUCCUUAUUGCCUGGUUCCUCCUUUCAGAUGCUGUGGCCACUAUUUCAGCAACUGCUAUCUUGUUCGCUAGAACUGAGCUACAAAUGGGAACUGUAGCCGUCGCUGUGCUUUCUAUAGUGGCCACAAGUUCUGGGAUAGUCGGUGCAACGGUUUGGCCUAUCAUAUCGAAACGAUUCUGUUUGAGAACAAACCACAUAAUCGUCUGUUGUCUCUUACUUCUAGAAUUGGUUCCAUUGUAUGGACUUCUUGGUUUUAUACCGUUUGUACAGGCUUGGGGAGUAGGAGGUUUGCAGCAGUGGUAUGAAAUUUACCCUCUAGGUAUCAUUCACGGAAUGGUGAUGGGUGGCCUAUCUUCAUACUGUCGAUCAUUUUAUGGUCUAUUAAUACCGCCCGGUAGUGAAGCUGCAUUCUAUGCAUUAUUCGCAAUCACAGAUAAAGGAAGCUCGGCGGUAGGACCGGCUAUUGUUGGUAAAAUUGUAGAUGCAACGGGUCAAAUUCGACCGGCAUUUGGAUUUUUAGCAGUUUUGAUUGCGUUACCUAUUCCGCUCAUUUGGAUGGUAGAUGUGGAGAAAGGACAAGAGGAUGCCAUUCGGAUGGCGGGAUUGAUGAAGACUACUGAUGAUGGCCAUGAAGAUUUCGAUUCUAUUGAAGGGUCAUCUGAUGGUCAUGAAGCGGAAGGGCUUAUGCGAGAUCAUGAUUAA